AUGUAUAUUGCGCAUUUCUUGUUCGGAAUCUUUGGAAACGCUACUGCCAUGUUCCUCUUCCUGGCCCCAAUGAUUACUUUUAAGAGGUUCAUAUGGCACAAGUCCACAGAACAGUUUUCCGGCGUUCCAUACCUGAUGACCUUGCUCAGCUGCCUCCUUUUCGGAUGGUAUGGGCUUCCAUUUGUGUCCCCACACAACCGUUUAGUAUCAACAAUCAGUGGCAGUACUGGAGCAGCAAUCGAGUUCACAUACGUCGUGAUAUUCAUCAUAUAUACGCCAAAGAAAGAGAAGGCUAAGAUUUUGGGGAUCCUGACGUUUGUGCUCACUGUGUUCUCCAUCGUGGCCUUAGUGUCUCUCUUUGCCCUACAUGGCGACACUAGGAAACUCUUUUGUGGCAUUGCUGCUACCAUAUUCACCAUAAUCAUGUAUACCUCACCUCUAUUAAUUGUGGGGACAGUGACUAGAACCAAGAGUGUGGAAUUCAUGCCAUUCUUCCUGUCCCUGUUUGUGUUCUUGUCCGGCACUUCCUGGCUUAUCUUUGGUCUCCUCGGUCAUGACCCUUUUGUUGCUGUGUCCAAUGGAUUCGGGUGCGGCCUGGGGGCCAUGCAACUGAUGUUGUAUUUCAUCUACCGUGACAACAAGAAAUCCACUACUCCUGAAGAAUCUGUGGAGAUGGGUCUUCCUAAGCCUCAUCACGUACACCAAGAGAGGCACGACUAG